UAAAUAUAUUUAAUGUAACUUAAUGUACAAUUUCUAAAUAACAUUAUUCCUUCAUCUAUUAAAAUUUUAUUCCUGCCGCUUGAAAUUCUCUGUAGCUAAAACAGCUGCUCAACGCCGCCAUCUGGUGUAAUUAUUUGAAAUAUUGAUAACCGUAAACAGCAGCUGAUAAUUCAGUGAAAGUUAUGCAAGGCGUAAUUGCAGCUACACGUAUAAUGCAGACUGUCAAAUGUUUAAAAUAAAAAGUGUUUAUUCUCCUAGAAACGUUCACAACUCGACAACAUUAGUCUAAUAACUACGACCUUCCGUCUCGACUAUCAGACUUUAAUAAGUCGUUUAAUUACGUUAAUAAAACUUUAUUAAAAAAUGGGUUUAGAAUUCGGUCAUCUUCCUGUUCACAUUAGAAGAAUCGCUUACUAUACUCUGUCGCCAUACGAACAAAAACUCUGGGUGAAUUUCUUUUCAACCGAUAUACCAAAUCUGUUUCGAAGAGCCAUCUACGUGGCACCACGUAUAGCUCCAGGCUUGCUGCUUUCUGCAUUUGUUUACACGUGGACGCCAGCGGAGCAUAAACGUCUAAAUCGAAAGGACCCGAAAUUGUACGAGAACGACAAGUAAAAUGAAAGAAGAGCCCUUAGUUUAAUUGCUUUUUGAAAGAUUCAUAAGGCAUGAAAAUUAAUCAGUAACCUUUGUUCCUAUAACGUUAGCCAUACUUAGGACUCACCCUACAAUUUCAUGAAUUCAUGACGUAAAAUUUUGAAAAAUUUGGAUUUAUGUUUUCUCUAAUUUAUUCAUACAUGGAAUAUCAUUGACAUAAGUAAUCAUUAUGUUACACAUACGUUGUUCUCUGACUGAUAAACUAGUUGAAUAAUUUUGUGCCAGUAAUAUUAAACGCCGAAUUAUUGGCAACACUAAACAAUCUUACAUACAUUAUGCGCGAAAAGAUA